ACCGUACGGUGGCCGGGGGCGACGACGGCAGCGAUGUUGACGCCAUCGACUUCGACGCCCUCGCUCGCAACCUUCAGCAGGCUACACCUCUUCACCCUCCCCUCCCUCCCCUGGUUAGCAUCUAAGGGGUAGUCCCUACUAGUCUGCAGGGAGACAAGGGAUUUGAUGAGAGAAAGAAGAUGGUGAAAGUUUGGAAAUAGGGAAUUGCGUGAUGGUAACAGAUGGAUCGAUGAUAGAAGAGGAAUCAAGAUUGAGGCUGCCAUGGCUGCAACAAGCAGGAGGGAGGGGAGAUGAGGGGAGAUAAGGAUUAGGAGGCACACUGGGAGAUGAAUCAUAGUGGAAGGGGUACCUCAAGCAGCGAAAAGGCACUUGCUGGAAGCAGACGUAACAUAACAGCCGAAUUGCUCAGUUGGACCUGAUGCCUAUGUGCAUCCAUCCAGUGCAAUCUCACACAUAAGUUUGGUUGCUACUUGUUACACUGUUGGACAGUUGGAGGGGCAGAUAUGUCAGCUUUAACGGUUUUAACCUUGCAAUGUGAUAGAAUGGUAAACAACUGUAGACUGGAAAUUUUUAUGGUCUUAAUGUGUAUGUACCAGUGAGCAUUGGUGGUAAAAAUCUAAAGAUGGAUCUUCCUAUGGAUCUUGUAAAGGGUAAAGAUACAUUGAUGCCAUUGAUUGAUUUUCAAGAGAAGAUACGUACAGGAUGGAGGCAACUGAAGAUUUCACCAUCCGGAGUGGUGAUUGUUGAUGGUGCUUAUGCUCUUCACUCAACACUAAGGUCACUACUUGAUAUUCGCGUUGCUGUGGUAGGUGGUGUUCAUUUUAGUCUGCUGUCUAAAGUCAAGCACGAUAUUGGAGAUUCUUGCUCCUUGGACUAUCUGAUCGACAGCAUAUUUCCCUUAUUUAGAAAGCAUAUUGAGCCAGACCUGCAUCAUGCUCAAAUUAGAAUUGAUAAUAGCUUUGUCUGCUCAUUCCGGGAACCGUACUACAAGCUAAAAUGCAAAAACGAGUUACCAGAUGGGCAGAACUUGUAUUUAUUUAAUCAGAAUGAAGCAGAAACUGAGAACUUUAUUGAGAUGUACCUCAGGCCACCUUUUGCUUCUGAAGAAAUAAAAAUUGAUGAUUGGAUUAAAGUUAGGCAAUGUGGAAUAAGAUACUACUUGUCUCUUGGAGACCAGCGGAUUGUGGAUAAAUACUUUAUUAUCCGUCCAAAAGCUGAGUUUGAGGUUGGACGUACAACACUGGGAGGAUUGUUGGCUUUAGGAUAUAAUGUUGUUGUUAGCUUCAAACGUACAUGCACAUCUGUAGGCAGAGAUCAGUUAUUGAUUGCAGCAGAGACUAUUGACACCCUAAAUGAGACAUUUCUGGUGCUAAAAGGUCCAAGUAGGAAGAUUGUUGCAGCAGAAGGUUCUAAACUCGGUAUAAAGGGGCCAUGGAUUACGAAGUCAUACCUGGAAAUGAUCCUAGAUAGCAAAGGGGUCCCACGACUUAAUACACCACCGCCAGUCUCAAGGAAAUUACUGACUGAAAGUCAAGAGAAGAAAAUUGUUGCACCAAAACCAAUUCGUGUUUCGACUGACACCGUUGCAAAUUUUGAUGAUUUUGUACAACCAUGGACGAGAUCUCCACCCAAAAAGUUCGACCAGGAGCCUGCUAUGGGAAAAUGGCAGUUCAAUCCAGAUUCUUCAUCAGGAAGUAACAUCCAACUAACUCCACUGCCAGACUCCUAUGACUUAGAUAGGGGCCUUCUCCUAUCAGUUCAAGCAAUUCAGGCAUUGUUGGAGAACAAAGGAUUUCCUGUAAUUGUUGGGAUUGGUGGUCCUAGUGGAUCAGGCAAGACAAGUUUAGCUCAGAAGAUGGCAAAUAUAAUUGGUUGUGAAGUUAUAAGCUUGGAAAGUUAUUAUAAGCCUGAACAAGUGAGGGAUUAUAAAUAUGAUGAGUAUAGCUCAUUGGAUAUAGGCUUGCUAACUAAGAACAUUAAGGAGAUCAGAAAGAAUCACAAAGCAGAAGUACCUUGCUUUGACUUUGAGAAGUGCAGAAGAAAGAAAUUCGAGAAGCUUCAGGUCUCAGACGAAUGUGGAGUGGUAAUCUUCGAAGGUGUCUAUACUUUGCAUCCUUCUAUAAGGAAAUCGUUGGAUUUAUGGAUUGCAGUUGUUGGUGGAGUACAUUCACAUCUUAUUGCAAGAAUACAGAGAGACAAGAAUCGUGCUGGCUUUUCUAUUUCUCAGAGUGAAAUUAUGACUACCGUAUUUCCUCUAUUUCAGCAAUACAUAGAACCCCAUCUUAUUGAUGCUCAUCUUAAGAUUCAAAAUGACUUUGACCCUGUUCUCUCUCCUGAAAGCUCACUUUUUGUGCUAAAAAGUAAAAAACAGGUUUCUUACCAAGACAUACUGAAAGUACUUGAUACUACUAAAGUCUGCAGCUCUGUCCAGAAUUUUACUGAUGUAUAUCUAAGACUUCCUGGCAUACCAUUGAGUGGACAGCUGACAGAAGGCGAGUGUAUUAGGGUCAGAAUAUGUGAAGGAAGAUUUGCACUGCUAAUACGAGAGCCUAUAAGGGAAGGAAAUUUUAUUAUCCAGCCAAAGGUUGAUUUUGAUAUUAGUGCCAGCACUGUUGCAGGACUUCUUAAGCUUGGUUACCGCGCUGUGGCUUAUAUUGAAGCUUCUGCAACGAUUUACCAAGAUGGAAAGAUUCUUAUAGAGGUUGACCAAUUACAAGGUGAGGUAAAUCCGUAUCUUCAGAUUAAAGGAACCAACAAGGAAAUAGUUUCCUCUGCUGCAUCUGCACUCAGCUUAGACGGUUCAUACACGACAAAGAGCUAUCUUCAAAUUAUCCUGGAGAGUUUGCCAGCGGAUGAAAAUGUUCAUACCGGUAUUCAUAACCAACAAGCUGCUAGGCUACAAGAAAUUAUCGAGUUUAUCCAGUCACAAGGAGGUAGCUUCAAUUCAGAUUUAUCUUCACCUACAAGAGAAGUUUCUUCCACAGAUAGUACGCUUGAUGAUGUGCAAUCCAGGUUAAGGAGGCUUGAGAGAUGGAAUACAAUAAAUAUGGUUUUAUGGACUAUAUUGCUGUCUGCUCUUGUUGGAUACUCGCUCUUCCAGAAAAGAAGUCGCUGAGACGUGUGACAAUUCAUACGGUUUGAUCAUAACUAGACCUCUUUAGUGUUGGAGUAUGAACUAACUAAUGCUGCUUUCAGCAAAUACCAAGGACUUUUCACUCGUGACGAGAUGUGUGACAGAGAGAGGAAUCCUCUGACGUUGAUAUGGCAAUGACACAUGUAAUUCAUGGUGUUAGCAGGGGCACUGACAUGUAAAAUGAUGCAUACUACAGGUAACACUAGUUUUAGUUGCAAGUACUAACAAAAUAUAAGUGUACAUGAUAAGCUAAAUGUUUGCUACAAAGUCUAUUCUUGGGAGGGUACCAGUUUCUAGUUUCUACCGAGCUUUGAUUUGGUGGGUCACAAAUCACCAUUUUUCUGAAUAGACGUAUAUUGAUAUAUGAGAAAACAUGAUGAUUAUUUAGCGAUCUGAA